UUGUAAACUACAAUACCCACAAACCCUAGCAAGGACGUCUUAAACGACAGACGUCAAGAUGGUGCUUGAAAGUACUAUGGUCUGCGUGGACAACAGUGAGUAUAUGCGAAAUGGAGACUUUCUGCCCACCAGACUGCAGGCUCAGCAGGAUGCAGUUAAUAUUGUUUGUCACUCCAAGACCCGGAGCAACCCAGAAAACAACGUGGGCCUCAUCACCAUGGCAAACAACUGUGAGGUCCUCACCACACUGACCCCAGACACGGGGAGGAUACUGUCUAAGCUGCAUGCUGUGCAGCCUCGUGGAAACAUCAGCUUCUGCACUGGGAUCAGGGUGGCACAUUUGGCACUGAAGCACAGACAGGGCAAAAACCACAAGAUGCGCAUAAUUGCAUUUGUUGGCAGUCCAGUGGAGGACAAUGAAAAAGAAUUGGUCAAAAUGGCAAAGCGUCUGAAGAAAGAAAAAGUAAAUGUGGACGUCAUUAACUUUGGAGAGGAGGCGAUAAACACAGAGAAGCUGACUACCUUCAUCAGCACACUGAAUGGCAAAGAGGGAGCAGGCUCCCACCUGGUCACAGUGCCUCCAGGCCCCAGUCUGGCAGAUGCCCUGCUAUCUUCUCCCAUUUUGGCUGGAGAAGGAGGUGCAGUGUUGGGCCUGGGUGCUAGUGACUUUGAGUUUGGUGUGGAUCCCAGUGCCGAUCCAGAGCUGGCCUUGGCUUUGCGGGUGUCUAUGGAGGAGCAGAGACAAAGACAAGAGGAUGAAGCUCGUAGAGCUGCUGUUGCAUCAGCUGCUGAAGCUGGUAUUUCCUCUCCUGCUGCAGAUGAGUCUGAAGAUGUUUUGUUGAAGAUGUCGGUCCCACAUUCGGACUCCUCUGCCCCUGCUUUGCCAGACUUCAGUCGCAUGACAGAAGAUGAACAGAUUGCUUAUGCUCUGCAGAUGUCCAUGCAGGGAACAGGAGCAGACUUUGGUGCUGAGGAUAUGGAUACUGGAGCUGAUAUGGAGUCCACUGAGGCAAAGGACGAAGAAGACUAUGAUGUUAUGCAGGAUCCAGAGUUCCUCCAAAGUGUCCUAGAAAACCUUCCAGGAGUGGACCCCAACAAUGAAGCCAUUCGCAAUGCCAUGGGGUCUUUAGCUUCCCAGACUGGCUCUAAACCGGACACCAAGAAGGAUGAAGAGAAAAAGAAAUAAAUGUUCAAAGAAAAACUGAAUAUCUGGUGAAUAAAACAACCAUUGCAUGUGUUCACAGCAA